CCGAUACAAACACUAUAAAUACCCUGCCAUUUAUUUUUUGGUAGUUACGUAUACGUGUAAGCAUGAAGAUCUUCCUGUUCACAACUUUAGUUUCCCUUUUCGUGGGACUCUGGGCUUUCCCUGGACAGAUUGAUAUCGCUGAAGAUGAACCGAGGAUUGUCGGUGGGGAGAUGGUUAAAAUAGAACAAUAUCCGUAUAUUGCACAAUUAUACCUUAAUGAUGAAUAUUGGUGUGGGGCUUCCAUUAUUUCACCAAGAUGGGUUCUCACCGUAGGACAUUGUACUUAUAUGAUUGAUGUAAACAACCUUACAUUACGUGUGGGUGCUACCGAGUUUAAUGAAACAGCAUAUAAUCGAAUUAUUAUAUCAAAUACAUACCUUCAUCCCUCGUACGACGACGCAACGAUGGACUACGAUAUAAGCAUUCUCCGUCUUCAGAAAGACCUUGUUUUUGGAAAUAAGGUUGGUUCAAUUGCUUUACCACGACCUAACGUUGUUUUACCUGCGGGAACUGUGGCUACCAUUGCCGGUUGGGGUAAUUUACUUUAUGAAGGUGGCGCUCCAAUAGAUUUGCAUUCCGUAAAUGUGCCAAUUAUUUCCAAUGCAGAUUGUGCUCGUAGUUAUGCUAACAGCGCAGUCUUUAUUACUGAUAGAUUCUUGUGUGCUGGUGAAAAACAAGGAGGAAAAGACGCAUGUGAUGGUGAUCAUGGAGGGCCAUUGGUGGUGAAUAAGACACUUUAUGGUUUGAUUUCUACCGGUAUACGAUGCGCCGAUCCGAAUUAUCCUGGAGUUUACACCAGCGUUUCAAGUGUACGCUCCUUCAUAACAUCAGUGACAAAGCUAUGAUUGGGGGGUUGGGCAAUAAAAUGAAAAAUAAAAAACUACUAGCAUUAC